AUGCCAGAGAGAACAAUGAUGCACAAAAGAGAAUACUUAUUCAAUGGGCAAUCGAAAAGUGAAGUCCCAAGAGACAUUACAGAUGUUGCUGUCGAUGAUUCUGUGGAGAAGAUUGCUGACGGUUUGUUCUUUCAAUGCGAGCGUUUGGUGGCUGUCGAUCUUCUCGAAGGUCUUCGAAUCAUUGGCGCCUUUGCCUUUGGGAGGUGUACAUCACUCACAAGUAUCUCUAUCCCGUCCACUGUGGAAGAGAUUUCAGAAGACACCUUCUGCUACUGCAAAUCAUUGACCACCGUCCAUCUUGAAAAUGGAUUACAGUCCAUUGGCAAACGCGCCUUUGAAUCAUGCACAUCGUUGACUUUGCUUUCCAUUCCUUCGACUGUGGAAAACAUUGAUCGCAGUGCGUUCCGCUCCUGUACAUCCUUGAAGACUGUCGAAAUGAGGGAAGGACUGAAACUGAUUGGCAGUCACUCCUUUUAUGAAUGCAAGGCUCUGACUGGAAUAUCGGUGCCAUCGACGGUGUGGAAGAUUGGAGCACAUGCGUUUGCAAAGUGUAAAUCGCUAGUGGAUGUUCAGUUUCAAGAUGGAGGACUAAAGAACAUUGGACAAAUGACAUUUCAUUUGUGCUCUUCGCUGUUUGCGAUAUCUUUGCCGAAGUCAUUGGAAUCUACCGGAAACGCGCUAUUCUUGGAUUGUUCCACUCUUCUUGGAGUUGAGUUUCCACUCGGAAUCAAUGUAAAGAUGGAGAAUCAUACAUUUGCGUCUUGCUCCGCUCUGGUAAAUAUCUUUAUCCCUCCAAGCAUUGACGAUGAGGAGGGCUUUGGCAAGUGCACCAACUGCUUUGCGUUGGAUCGCAUGAUUGGGAAUCAAGAUACUACAGAGGCUUUGAAAACACGGUUUGAUAACCGUCCCAUCCACGAGGCGUGCUACUAUGCAUCCAGGACUACUGUGUACGACAUGGCUGCGAUUCCCGUUUCAAUAAGUGAAGACGGCGAUACUGUUGUGGAUUCACUUGGCAUGUCCCCCUUUCACAUUGUGGCAACCUCCGCAAACCAACGCGGUGAUUUACUGGAGACUCUCUUUGAUAGGUAUCCUUUGGAGGUUGCAUCACGCAAAGAUAAAAAUGGGAAAACAAUGAUGGACUACCUCUUGAUAAAUCGUUCACCAAAGGCUAUUCCCUUGAUCCAAAUGGUUCUUCAAAGGACGUUGGUGGAUCCAAUGUCGACAUGGGGCUUGACUGAUUGGAAAUUGAAUUUGUCGUCCAUGGUAAUGGAGUCGGAUGUAUGGCAAGGGCAUGCAGGCAUUCGGCGUCAAUCCUUGAAGAGGGUUCAGAAUACUUUGGAAUUGUUCCGACGGAUGGAGAAGACUUCGCUCUUGGAACUUGCGAUAUGGAAGAUGGCGGUGGGCCGAAUAUGCGAAAUGAGUACUCAAUCGGCAAGUAUGGAUCGAGAAGGCUAUCGCAUCGUCGGCGGAGCAGAUGUGAUCAUUCCUCAGGUGAUUCGGUUCGUGGCGGGGACUAGUUCUGCUUGA